ACUACAUACAAAAACAAUUUAUACUAGAAUUACAAAAAUAGUUAUCAUAAUAUACAUCUCAUUACAAUAACCCUCUUCUGGGAAGUAGAUGUAGACACAGAUUACUUGUACUAUUAGUUUAUGUAAAAUAACAAUAAGUUUUAAUACAUUAUGUAUGUAUAUUAACUGACAACAUAUCCUACUGAAUAUAAAUACUAUUCUAUUAAUAUUAUAGCUUAAAUUCAGACCUUAACUGUUUUAUAUUUUUAGAUUACCAUUUUUUUAUUGCAGUAAGGGUCUAUCGUUCAGGGUCAUAUUAUCUAACCAUUCUAUUAUAACUUUUACUACUUUUAUACUUUAUAACUUUUGAAUAUAACUGUUAUCUGUAACCAAAAAAAAAACUUAUACAUAUUUUAAAUUUAAUGUACAAUCUAUUAGGCCAUGGUCAUUUUUAAAUAGCUGAACCUGUCAUCAAAAUUUUAUGUUUCAAUUUUCCAAAUUAUGCUAUAUUCUGAGCAUACACUAACAUGGACCAAAUUAGUUUACAAGACCCUAAAUCUCACGAAGAAAGUAUCAAGUCACAGGACAAAUCAGUAAUACAUUCAGAAAAUCCGGUGACAUUAGUGGCUGAAAACGAAACAUUAGCUUUUCCUAACAUGCCAUCCCUAUCUACCUUAAAUACCCAGAAGCCAAGUCCGCUAUCAUCAAAUAAAGGUACUCCACGGGCAUCAAUUAAAAGUGAUGGAAAACGUAAAAACAGAACACUCAGUCCACAAAGUCCUAAAAGCAUAAGCCUUAAAUCUCCUAUGGGAGGCAAGUUAACCGACAUUGCAAGUACUCUUAACAGGGAACUUGAAAAAGAUCCAUCUACAGAAGAUUUAAUUACUACACGCAGUCCAGUUCCUGUUAUAAACAACAUAGAUAAAAUAGCUAACAUGACAAAGAAAUUAACAAAUGAAGCUAAUGCAUUAAGAGAAUCUAUAAAAAGUUUAAGCGAUGAUAUUACGAAAACUAAAGAAGUACUUGCAUCCGAAGAUAUUGAAGAUGUUAACUUUCCAUAUCACCUUUUUCUUAUUGAGCUUAUCAUUAACAGAAUACAUAUGAAAUGUGAUUGCUUUGAGUUGGAUUACAACAAUCUUGUCAUUGCUGCAAAUUUUCUUGGAAAGCAACCAAUAGUUCUCUACGAUAUGUCCUAUGGAAAAGUUGUUGACUUUGAUCACUUAAACGUCGGAAAAUCGAUCUUAUUUGCUAUGACAUACGAUAAAAUUUGCGGUAUUAAGGAGUUUGUCGUAAGUCUACAAAUGUCCAAGCAACCUCCUUGCUCUAACUGUGUUACUAAAAUUGCUGAAACGAAAAUGGACUACACAAAACAAUUCGCCAAACUAAGAGAGGAAUUAUGCAAGAAGUGGGCAGAGGAACAGCCGACAGACAAUAUUAUAUGUACAACUUCUACGCCGCUAUCGAAACAAAUGUUUUAUUUAUAUUGUGGUGACAGCGACCACAGCGAAUCGAUCGGGAUGGUAGAAAUAACGACACGAAUGUCUUUCCUUGGAAAAGAAAUUACUACGGCUUUUAGCGCGACAUCAAAACCGCAAGGAACUGCAUAUCUUCGAAAAGAAGAUAAUGGAAUGUCUCUCUACGCAUGUCAGAAUGUUGAGAUGGACUGCCAAGGCAAAGUACUGUUAGACGAAGAGGACCUCACAAGACGCGAGGUACCGCGUAGUAUGCACACGAUGUCCUCUCGAAGACCAGAAAGUCCAGUUUCACAGUUGUCGACUUUCUCUCCUCAUACUACUAAAGAAUAUGGUGCCCAACAGAAGGACAUAUACAAUCAAGAAGGUCCCAGCAAAUAUGACGAAAUAUUUGCAAAGGUGAACUCUAACGAAUUAAAAAUACGGGUGCCCAAAAGCACUAAAGUCGAUAGAAUGGGAAAAUACGAUAGGAUUCAAGAAUUAUGUACAUGUGAAGAAACUCCGUAUAACACUGGCGACCAAAUUCAGUUUCAACUGCCAAAUGACAGAGCCUCUAACACUUAUACAUCAAACUUAAUGUACACUCAUAAAACACAAGAUAAGCGACCAGAUAAAGAUAGGAGGAUAAUUAACAUAACACCAAGUAAUUGCCCAGUUCCAGUGAAUAUGUCGAAACAAAUACACCCCCAAAAAGAUGUUUUUAUUCUGAAAAUAGGAAAGAAAUUGGAAACAAAAGAUAAGAAAACAGACCUGGAAAUUGAGCUCAUAACUCCAAAGGCGCCACAGCAACCCAUAAUUAAUAAUAAUUUAUCCCAGCAGUGUAGCUCUAGCGAUAUUAAAAGUAAACCAUCGAAAUCAGACGUUAAAAAGGGUAAAAAGAAAAAGACGAAAAGUAAAACCGAUUUAAAAGCGAAGAAGAGUAAAAGCAAGACCGCCAAGAAAUCCAAGAAGAAUAAAAAAUAAGAAUAAAAUAAAUAAAUGCAUUUGUCAUUUUCGAAUCAUUAAACAUAAUACAGUCUGAGACGAUUUUCACUUGUUCGUUUUUCUUUUAUUGUGUUUAGUAUUCAAAUCAAAUCAAAUCAAAAAUCAUUUAUUCAGUCCAGAUGCGACCUAAGGCAUGCUUAUGAAUGUCAAAAACGUUUACAAAAUUCGCGAAAGAGCAAAACUACGCCAUCCGUUCGCAAGACUACCAGGAGGUCUUGUUCUGAGAAGAACGGGCAAGAAACUCAGCAAGUUUUAUCCUCCCUUUACAUAUUACCUCCAUUUAUCCUCCCUUUAUAUAUCCAUACUAGCGGAUCCGACAGACGUUGUCCUGUCUACACGUCUU